AUGUCCAAGGAAGAGACGGUGGUUGAGGAGCCUCGUCUGCUGCCCGAAGACUUUGCCCCGUCCUCGAACACGGUGAUCAUUGGCCGAGGAAAGAAGAUCAAGGCCCACGAAGGAAAUCGUCGUCUGUUUGCAAUUGUCCGCGCCGAACUCCCCACUUACUCUGUGUGUGGCUGCAAGAACAAAAAGUCCGGUGUGUUGGUCAGGAUUGUGGAACGAGUUCGUGAUACCAACGAGGGCCGUGUGGGGUUCGUCAAGCAAGACGCCAAGACCGGUCGUUGGUACGAAGUCACCCCGUUUGCCGCUCGUACCAACGUGGCCCAAGCGUUUCGUGAUACCAACCACAUGGCCUACAAGAGUUCCAAGCAGAGCAAGCAACGACGCAGGCGACGUGUCAAGAUGACCGAUCCCGCUCCGGCCAGCCCGACCUCCUCGACUUGCAGUGUCCAAGCCAAGGCCAAGACAGCUACGUCCAUCAUGCCCCCUCCCAAGGCCCCCUCCAGCAUGAUGAUGGGUGGUUUUCAGCAAGACCAAGUCGCAUCCGCUUCCUUGGUGGCUUCUUCUUCGACCUCCUCCCCGACCUCCUUGAACACGUUGAUGAGACAGAACAUGAUGCCCAUGACGCAGAACUGUUCGCAGUUGGAUGCACUGUGCUCGGCGUCCGGUGUCGGGGCCGGUUGGAACACGGGAUACUUUGCUUCUUGGGAAGGCAGCAGCAGCACCCUGCAUCAGGACUCCUCGUUCGGACUCCAAGAUGACAGCCUGGCACGGCUCAACCACAUCUUGGACAAGGCAUCGGAUGUUGUCGACCUUCCCCAACACACAUGCGACUCCUCGUAUGCCUCCGAACAAGAAGCUCGUGCAACAUGGGGUGAUCUCCUGGAACCGGUCCCCAUUGCCGAACCCGUCCCCACUGUCGAGGACGCAGGGCUGGACAAGGCGUUUGAUGAUAUCGACGAAGAACAGCUCAAUGACGAAGACCAUUCGUUUGAAAUCUUUGACGUUGUGACUGCGGCUGACAUUCGAGCAGCUUUCGGCGCACAAUAA